UUAAACUAAUAUACAUAUACGUUGGAACUGGUAUCUGUUUGGCGGAUUACUCUAUAAGACAUUUCUCCAUUGAUCCUCUCUCCAACCUCCUCUUCUUCUAAUUGGCGCCUCUCAAACAACAAAAUCCUUAUCCUCAGCACCUUCAUACUGUUUCGUUCCCACUGCUAUCCAUACAUAGACUGAUGGCAGAACCUCCCCAAAUUGAUCGAUUUCCCGAGUGCAGUCGCGACGAAGACGCCGGAGCAGCUUUCGUCUUAGAAUCAAAAGGGCAGUGGUGGCACGCGGGGUUUCAUCUGACGACUGCGAUAGUAGGGCCGACGAUACUGACGCUACCCUACGCAUUCAGGGGGUUGGGGUGGGGGCUAGGGUUCUUGUGCUUGACUGUAAUGGGAGUGGUGACUUUUUACUCUUAUUACCUCAUGUCUCUCGUGCUUGAACACUGCGAGAAGGACGGUCGCCGUCACAUCCGCUUCCGUGAGCUCGCCGCCGAUGUUCUAGGAUCUGGGGGGAUGUUUUAUCUUGUAAUAUUCAUCCAGACGGCAAUCAACACUGGCAUUGGAAUAGGAGCUAUCUUGCUUGCAGGUGAAUGCCUCCAGAUUAUGUACUCAAACCUUUCCCCUAAUGGGUCCCUGAAAUUGUACGAGUUCAUAGCGAUGGUGACGGUAGUGAUGAUAGUUCUUUCCCAGCUUCCAACCUUCCACUCCCUCAGACACAUUAACCUGGUUUCACUUCUCCUCAGCUUGGGCUACACUUUGCUUGUCGUUGGUGCUUCUAUUCAUGCAGGUACCUCAAAAAAUGCCCCGCCAAGGGACUAUUCUCUAGAAAAGUCAGAGUCAUCAAGGAUUUUCAGUGCCUUCACUUCUAUCUCCAUAAUAGCUGCUAUUUUUGGGAAUGGGAUACUACCAGAAAUACAAGCAACUCUGGCUCCACCAGUCACUGGGAAGAUGCUGAAAGGCCUUUUGUUGUGUUACUCUGUAAUUUUCGUUACUUUCUACUCUGCUGCAGUGUCUGGAUACUGGGUUUUUGGGAACAAAUCCAACUCUAAUAUUCUCAAGAGCUUAAUGCCUGAUAAUGGACCUUCUUUGGCUCCAACAUGGGUUUUAGGCCUAGCAAUUGUCUUUGUUCUCCUUCAACUCUUUGCCAUCGGGCUGGUUUAUUCUCAAGUGGCAUUUGAGAUCAUGGAAAAGAAAUCGGCUGACGUGAAGCAAGGGCUGUUCUCCAAACGAAACUUAGUCCCAAGACUAAUUCUCCGGACUCUGUACAUGAUAUUCUGCGGUUUUUUUGCAGCAAUGCUACCAUUUUUUGGGGACAUUAAUGGUGUAGUAGGGGCUAUUGGGUUCAUCCCUCUAGAUUUCAUCCUCCCUAUGCUUCUCUACAACAUGACCUUUAAGCCCCCAAGAUCAUCCCUCACCUAUUGGAUCAAUGUCUCUAUAAUGGUCGCCUUCACUGGUGCAGGAAUCAUGGGUUCAUUCUCAUCUAUCAGGAAGUUGGUUCUUGAUGCCAACAAAUUCAAGCUCUUUAGCAGUAAUGUGGUUGAUUGAUUUCAUACAUAAAAAAUAUGGCUAUUUCAAACUCAAAUGUGUGGGGAAAAUUCCCUAGACACUUCGGAAACAUUUCCACAAGAGUGUGUUCAUUAGAAACGAUAGUUGCACGUAACUAAAACACAAAAAAUGCAUAGAAAGUAUGGUGUGUGGCUUUGAGUGUUAUGUGAGUCCUCUUUAAAAUAAAUCUAAACCACACAGUGCACCUUCUAUGCACUUUUCUGUUAAGUGUGUUCAAGGAGAAUACACAAAAGUGCUAAGUCCAAUCUAGUACAUGUUGUUUUAGGAAAGAGAAAUAGUAAUGCGUUGUGCAAUUCAAGUUUGCUACGUACAUACAAUGACAAUUGACCGAAUGGAUUACCAACAAGACACAUAGGUACUCGGCUCACAAACAUUAGGAGCCCACAAAUGGGUGUCUUGUUAGUUGUUCAUUUAGUUAUUUGGUCGUUGAGCCUAUCUUCUUCUUCUUCUUUAUUUUUUGGUUUUUUUUUAUGUUUUAUUUUUUAUUUUUUUUUUGUGUGCAAAUAUUUCAUAUACUCAGAAAAACUUGUUUUCUACUGUAAUGCCCAAAAACUUGAUUGCGUUUCUAUACUUCUGUUUCUUCAUUUUCUUUUCCAUCAAGCAAUCAGCUCAAGCUUCAAUUCAGGAAAUUGAGUAUGAAAGGUAUGACUAGCAUUGAAACUGGGAUAGAAAUAGAGAAAAUUAUACUUUACCCUCUUGAUUUACGCUCUUAACUGUAGGUUGUUUUCACGUGAGUUUGCUCAAUUAAAAACUGCUACAUAUUACUCCUUUAAUUUUUUGAUUUGUUUCAA